UAACAUUUCAAAAUAACUCAGAAGUAUUUAAAAAACACACACACACAAAAAAAGAACAAAGGACGUAACAGAAGAAGUGAGUAAAAAAAAUGAAAGCGAGAUCAAGAAAUGGAGGUUUGAUUGCGAUAUUGGUUCUAGUCGUUUAUUGCUAUUUGGAGAAUAUGGCCCGGAUCUCGAUCGAGGUUUCGCCAGAUCAACCUCUUGAAAGUUAUUUAUUUGGAGGUUUAUUUGCUCGUUACAACAAAGAUAAGAUCCUAAAACCGUUUCCAUCUUAUAACGAGUAUCGCAAAAGACUCAAUCUAACGACAGUGGAAAUUUGGCAAUCAAUAAAAAGCAAUUGUAGAGAUGGUUUCAUCACUUUGGGCAUCAAAUCAAUGCAUUUUUUCGUCUCAAAACUUAUGCAAUUCAGACAUUCAUUAUCAAUCCCAACUCCAAUUCAUCGCUCGUGGCCUUCUCGAGUUAUCUUCUGGGUAAUAUUAACUCGAUCAGUCUCGUCCAUGGCUAAUGACACAACUAUAUGAUGAUUUUUCUUCUUCAUAGAAAAGGAGUGGUUUUGUAAUUUAUAUGUAAGCUUGUAAUGUAAGAUGCUUAUAAAGGUAGAAGAAGACGUACUUGGUUGAUAAAGUAAUAUUUUGCAUAACCGAAAUCAUUUUUUUUUGUUUCCUCAGAAAUACUUAUACAGAUGAUCUCGAGCAAUUAUGCUGUUAAGUUUCAGCAAGUACAUUGGGAAUAUAAUCAAA